CGCAGAUUUUUAAUAUAAAUUUUUUAGUAGAGUUGCGUUAGUGCUACAUUCAUUAUUUAAGUAUCCUACAUGAGCGAUAUCGUGUGAUGGGUGACUCAAAAUGGAUUUUCGCUUAUAUGGAUGUUACAGAAGAGGUCCAAUUUUAAUGUACGCAAUAGCUACAGCCGUAUUUACACUUCAUCACAUAUCCUUUUGCAGAAUUCUACACCAAUCAGAUACCUCGUCGUCCGUUCGCUUGAAGAUGACACUGUAGUCGCUAUCCCAAACACUUGGGUUAUGCGAAGUGGUUUAUGUGCGUACAGCAGCACAGCAAACCAUCUAGAGCCUAUGUUUACCGGGGCUGGAUGGUCAGUAUUUCAAUUCCGUCAACUGCAGGAAUUUGAUACGUAUGAGAACUGUAAAAAGGGUAUAGAGCUUAUGAAAAGCAAUGAUCAAGGCACCAGGAAUGUAGACAUGGACGAUGACACGUUGCCAAUGCCCAGUAAGAGACCGAAAAGGGAUGCCAAGAAAAAUGAUAAAAAUUUCCUUUACAACUCAAUGGAUAUUGAAGUAGCUGCCAGUGAGGUUGGUUGCAUCAAACCACAAUAUCCAGAUUAUAACAUAUUUGAUGACUUCGUGGCCCCAAUUCCAAGGUAUUAACUUGAUGGAAAGCCCUUCAUUUUCAGUACUUCGGGUGCCCCCCAAUUCCAGUCUUCAUCUCCUAUUGCCAAAAAGAAGUGUGUGUGUGACCGGUAGGAAUAAUUGUCACAAUUUUUAUUUAUGCUUUAGAUUGCCCUCUAACGAAUAUGCUACUGAAUCCUUAAUUAAGAAAUUACUCGGUAAUUACUUGAAAAUAAUUAUUUAUUUAAAGAUACAAAUAUGGAAAUCGUAAACCUGUGCACGAAAAUUUUGAACAUUAUUACUACUGAUAGAAAAUUUCGACAGCAAACCUACCCUCCAGCAAACGGGGACCUAACACUGCACUUUCCGAUCGAGAAUGAAGACCAGUUAGAGAUGCUGGAAGCAUCUUUAAGAGACGACAAGUACAAACAGCAAUAUGUGAGUUGACGUAUUCAAUUCUUAUUUCUUGUAGACUGCUAAGAUGGCUAGCUGCCUUCAGAGUGAUCCAAAGUUGUCGCUUAAGGUCAUGAUGCACCAAGUUAUAAAACCUGAAUUGGGUUUGAAGUUUACAUUCCAGGGGACUUUGUCAAAGUCAAGCAUUGUGCCUUAUGCCUUUUAUAAAAUAAUGAGAAGUAAGUUUCAUUAAUGAAGUAAUUAGUUCUCUAGCUUUAAUUAUGUCGCACUUCUCCGGCCAACAAAUGACGACCGGAGAGAUUUGUGAAAUGAUGGAUAAGGCCACGAAAUCGUACUUUCAUAAUUUGAAAGAUCGUGUCCAGAGGCGUAAGCGGAAGCAAGGAAUUCAGGUAAUAUUGUGAAACGCCUGCUUACUUCUAUAAGUGAACGUUUGUUCAGCAUGUAGUAAUCACAAUAUUGUUUUCUUUUUUAGGCAAAUGAAAAAGAUACUGGGGGAUAUAACAGUGGCACUUAUGUAAGUAAACUUCUAUAAAUGUCAGUGCUCAGAAUGUGCUGAGCACAAUUUUUCACCCACUAAUAUUUUAUUCUGCUUAUUUGCAGG